CACGCCCCGAAGCAGGCGGAGAGAUGUAGUUCCUGACUCUGCAGGGAGCGGAAGUGACGUUUGGCUUGGGGUGGGAGGAGGAGCUGGGCUGCGAACACGCACGGGACCCUGCGGUUCUGCCCGGCUCGUGCGGGGCCCUGGGAGCCUCCCCCGGAGCUGGAGAAGAGUUUUGUGUCUCUCGGCUCUGGGCAUGCGCAGAUCGGGGGCAAGUCCCGCAUGCGCAGAGGCAGCGCUCACCUGCUGCUGCUCCCUGGCGCUGCGGGGCCGGGCGGAGCAGGAGGGUCUGUGCCGGGGAGACCCAUUAACCCCCCCGUGCCCGGCCCGCGCCCUGCUCCCGCUGGGGCCGGCCCCCCGACACAGGCUGGGGCUGGAGCUGCUGCAAGCGGCGGGGCUCUGGCACGGACCAGACGCUGCUGCUGCCUCCGGGAUCCCGGGCUAAGCUGCUGCUGCUCCCCCGGGUCUGUGCGGGGGGGGGGGAGAGCCCGGCAUUAACCCCUCCGUGCCCGGCCGGGGGGCUUUCUCCAGCUGGGACCAGCCUCCAAGGUCACCCUCUGCCCGCCGGAGCCUCCUCGGGGCUGGUGACCUUCGAGGAGGUGGCUGUGUAUUUCACCAGGGAAGAGUGGGCUCUGCUGGACCCCACUCAGAGAGCCCUCUACAGGGAAGUCAUGCAGGAGAACUAUGAGAAUGUGACCUCGCUGGGCUACAGAGUAAUGUCCACGUUUCUCUCCACAUCAUCCCAUCAUCCCACAGGGAAGGAAAUGGCUGAAAUGGAGCUGGCUCAGAGACUGGUGACUUUCGAGGAGGUGGCUGUGUAUUUCACCAGGGAAGAGGGGGCUCUCCUGGAUGCCACUCAAAGAGCCCUCUACAGGGAUGUCAUGCAGGAGAACUAUGAGACGGUGGUCUUGCUGGGGUUUCCAGUUUCCAAACCUGAUGUGAUCUCGCAUUUGGAACAAGGGGAAGAGCCCUGGGUCCCGGACCUCCUGGGCUCUGAGAAAGAAGUGUUCCCAAGAGCUGCCUGCACAGGUGUUGGGAUGGUGAGUGAGAACAAGGAGAAACCCCAGCAGGAAGAUGCUGAGCAAGUAGAACCACAUGGGACGUUAUCAGUAAGAUCCAAAGGGAAUGUUUCCAGGAGUUGUGCACUCCCAGAAAAAGAAAAAGCCUCUGAGAGUCAGCACAGGCCAGAGGAAAACUUCAAUAGCCACUCAGACCUUAUUACAAGUGAAAGAAUCAACUUGGAAGGAACACACUACACAUGCCAUGAGUGUGGGAAAAGCUUCAAUGGGAGCUCUGACCUUCUCAAACAUCAGAGAAUCCACAGAGGAGAGAGACCCUACAUAUGUCCUGAAUGUGGGAAAAGGUUCAAUUGGAGCUCAGCCCUUAUCACACAUAGGAGAAUCCACACGGGUGAGAAACCUUAUGGAUGCUCUGUGUGUGGGAAAUGCUUCAAUCAGAGCUCACACCUUAUCAGACAUAGGACAGUCCACAUGGGUGAGAAACCUUAUGGAUGCUCUGUGUGUGGGAAAUGCUUCAAUCAGAGCUCACACCUUAUCAGACAUAGGACAGUCCACAUGGGUGAGAAACCUUAUGAAUGCCCAGAGUGUGGGAAAUGCUUCAUUGAUAGUUCAGCCCUCAUCUCACAUCAGCGAAUCCACACAGGAGAGAGGCCCUACAUAUGCGCUGAGUGUGGGAAAAGCUUUAGUCACAACUCACACCUUAUCACACAUCGUAGAAUUCACACAGGAGAGAAACCCUACGCAUGCUCUGAGUGUGGGAAACGCUUCAUUGGUAGUUCAGCCCUUACCAAACAUAAGAGAAUCCACACUGGUGAGAGACCUUACACAUGCUCUGAGUGCGGGGAAAGCUUUAAUCAGAGCUCUGUCCUGAUCACACAUAGGAGAAUCCACACAGGUGAGAAACCUUAUGGAUGCUCUGAGUGUGGGAAAUGCUUCAGUCGGAGCUCACAUCUUAUCACACAUAGGAGAAUCCACACAGGUGAGAAACCGUAUGGAUGCUCUGAGUGCGGGAAAAGCUUCAGUCACAGCUCUUCCCUUAUCACACAUCAGAGAAUCCACACAGGAGAGACGCCCUACAGAUGCUCUGAGUGUAGGAAAAGCUUCAGGCGGAGAUCACACCUUAUCUCCCAUAGGAGAAUCCACACAGAAGAGAGGCCCUACACAUGCUCCGAGUGUGGGAAAAGCUUCACUCACAGCUCUGCCCUGAGAACACAUAGGAGAAUCCACACAGGAGAGACGCCCUACCCAUGCUCUGAGUGCGGGAAAAGCUUCAGUCAGAGCUCACACCUUAUGAGACAUCAGAGAAUCCACACAGGAGAGAGGCCCUACACAUGCUCUGAGUGCGGGAAAUGCUUCAGUCGGAGCUCACACCUUAUCACACAUAGGAGAAUCCACAGAGGUGAGAAACCGUAUGGAUAAUCUGAG